ACGAUUGCUGUUGAUACGAAACAAGACGAGCUUUUAUUCAACGACGAAAUGAAGUGCACCGUGAUCUCAUAUUUGAUGGGUUUAACACUGAUGCUUACUCAUGGGGUGAGAACCGAAGAAACGGCAGAAAAGGAAACCGUGGCAAUGUACCCGGAGGAAGAGGAAGUUGUUGUAAAUCAUUGUCCUACUGAUUAUCCCAACGUCUACAACAACGGACAGUACUGUUGUAAAUCCAACAUGGAGAAGUUCUACGAGCCUCAGGGUGCCCAAUGUGACGGCAGUGUGAUUCAGAGAGACAGUUUGUGUUGCGCGGGAGACCAGUACACGUCGUGCCCCGGUGGAAACUGUGAGAGCAACUCAGCACCCACACCAGAUUGUAGAGAUAACCCUGAAUUUGCUGCAAACUGUGAAGGUUGGGUUUCUGGUGGAUACUGUGAUAAAGAUAGCGAAUAUUAUUUGUUCAUGAGAGAUAACUGUUACAAGAGCUGUACUGGCUGUGAAAGCAGUAAAACUAAAAGAGAUUGUAGAGAUAACCCUGAAUUUGCUGCAAACUGUGACAGUUGGGUUUUUAGUGGAUACUGUGAUAAAGAUAGCGAAUAUUAUUUGUUCAUGAGAGAUAACUGUUACAAGAGCUGUACUGGCUGUGAAAGAGCUGGAUUUGCAUUCAAACUGGUCGACGAAGAUGGUAGCGAGGUAAGGGUGGGAGAACAUGGACUGUUACUGUUCAUGGAAGGAACAGUGUGCGAUGAUGGCUUUGAUGACAACGCUGCUAAUGCGAUCUGCAAAGAGAUGGGAUACGAAAGUUCUCAGAGCUGGGACAGUGGAAAUUAUUUUAAUGUUCAGGAAGACUUAGUGAUAAAACUAGAUGAUGUCAGUUGCAGUGAACAAAGUUGGUCUUCUUGUUCUUACAGCGAAUCUCACAACUGCGACCAUAGCGAGGAUGUGUUUCUCACAUGUACAGCUGGAUUUGCAUUCAAACUGGUCGACGAAGAUGGUAGCGAGGUAAGGGUGGGAGAACAAGGACUGUUACUGUUCAUGGGAGGAACAGUGUGCGAUGAUGGCUUUGAUGACAACGCUGCUAAUGCGAUCUGCAAAGAGAUGGGAUACGAAAGUUCUCAGAGCUGGGACAGUGGAAAUUAUUUUAAUGUCCAGGAAGACUUAGUGAUAAAGCUAGAUGAUGUCAGUUGCAGUGAACAAAGUUGGUCUUCUUGUUCUUACAUGAGCGAAUCUCACAACUGCGACCAUAGCGAGGAUGUGUUUCUCACAUGUACAGAUUGGCAGCUUUAUGGAGCUGCCCUGGUCCAAGAGGUAAACGGUACAGUUAUUCGUACAAGAAAUGAAGGUUUGCUCGUCGUAAAUUUAGUGGAUGAGCAAAGUGGAGAAAAGAUGAACGCGUCUGUUUGUCCUGGUAACUUUAACUGGUACACAGCAAAUACCUUUUGUCGCUACUUUGGAAACGAACAGGGAAUGUGGGACAGCAGACCAAACAACUUGACUCUCAUAUCUGAAACGUUGUUACAACAUAACGGAUCUAUGUUAUUGAGUGCUAUAAGCUGCAGUAAUAAUCAUAGUGUGUGGUUAAAAUGCAACAACAGAAAAGGUGAUGGAUUUAUACUGUGUCAAAUCAGGAGCAAAUUGAAUGAAUGA